CACAAGCAGCAGCCAUGCUCCGAGGGUGGACGAAGGCGAACGGUCGGAUAAUGGAGGAGAGGCUAAUAGCAGCGGUUGCGGAUUAUCCUGAGUUAUACAACUCGACUCUAAGUUCUUACAAGGACGCGGAUAAAAAGGCGAAGGCGUGGAGAGCUGUCAGCCUUCAGGUGGAAUUGCCGGAGGAGGACUGCAGGCGGAAGUGGAAGAGUCUGAGGGACAUGUUCAUCAAGGACAAGCGGUCGGAGCAGCGGCGCCGUGCGUCGGGCGGGAUCCACCGCAGCUGGAAGUACAGCUGGCAGAUGGCCUUCCUCACGCCCUUCAUCCAGUCGCGCAGCAGCCAGAGCAGCCUGGCGCCGGACGAGCUGGACGAGGAGCACGACGACGACAAGGACGACGACAAGAUGGAGGGCGGCGGGAACGCCAGCUUCGUCAUCCACGAGAUGGAGGGCGAGCCGGGCGACGCGGACGCGCCCGCGGGCUGGCAGGGCCCGCGCAGGAAGAGGCGCUGGCAGGUGGAGGGACUGGAGGGCGCGGAGGACGAGAUGUUCCUGCUCAGCCUGGUGCCCUACCUGAAGCGCCUCUCCUACGAGAAGAAGAGCGCCAUCAAACUCAAAUUCCACCAGCUGCUGUACGAGGCGGAGUUCCAGUAGCCCCAGCCCUGCCCGCUCUCCGCUCUGUGUUUCUGUUUCUGUUCCUGUUCCUGUUUCUGUUCAGCACAGCCUCGUUAUGGCGGCCGUGCACACGUUUACCGUCUUUAGCAUGUUGUAGCACCUCCAGCA